AUGUGGCCUCGGUGGGUGGACGGACGGACGGUCCAUCCUGCUGCCUGUUGUUCAGCCAUUCCGCCAAUGGGAGCCCGGCUGCCGCUCAGUUCCAGUCCAAUGAGAGCAGCAGGGUCUGGGCUCGGAUCGAGAGUUGGGUUGUUCAAUCUGUGAGGACAACAACCAGCUCUGAGUGUACCGGAUGGAUGGAUGUUGGCGAUGAAUGUUCCCGCUGGUGCCGGUGGUGAUAGUGGACAUGGGUGAUCAUGCUGAACGGUGCUGUUGAGUUCUCUGCAGAUGUUGUGAUGUAUUGUCCCAGACCCGAUCAAGCAGACUGCUUUCACAAAUGAGUUGCAGCUUGUUUACAGGACGUGUGUCCUAUCACUGAGGCCACAUGAGUAUCAGGAGAGAUGGAUCGCUGUAAGCACGUGGGACGCCUUCGUCUGGGCCACGACCAUUCCAUCCUCAAUCCACAAAAAUGGCACUGUGUCGACUGCAGCACCACCGAUUCAGUGUGGGCCUGCCUCAAGUGCUCCCAUGUGGCAUGUGGACGUUUCAUGGAGGAGCACUCACUCAAACACUUUCAGGAGUCACACCACCCACUUGCUAUGGAGGUGCGUGAGCUGGACGUGUUCUGUUUUGCCUGUGGAGACUAUGUACUCAAUGAUAACGCGGAGGGAGACCUCAAGCUCCUCAGAGGGGCGCUCUCCACUGUUCGCAGCCCAGGUAGACGCUCACUACGCUCCUCGGCUGGAGGGGAGUGCACCCCCUGGGUUGGGGAAGGUGGGCCUCAGCCCGCCAUGCAGCUGGCCCUGCGUCACAGGAGGAAAGCACUUCUUGGGAAGAUGCUUCAGAUGUGGAUCAGCAAACAUCAGGAGCGGCAGAAUCAACGUAAAGAGAAACUAGAGGAAGCUAGAAGACAAAAAAAAGACGUGAAAAGGAGACUUAUGGAAGAGCUUGGCAAUGUCCCUCCCAGAAAGAGUGCUAGGCUUCUUACUCAGGCGCCACGUUCAACCAUCACACUCAUUCCUCGCAAAUUUCGCGACCCUCCUGAACGCCUACCUCCUCCUCCCAAGAAGCCUUCCCUUCUAACCCUGUCCCGAAAGGCUCCUCAGAAUGGCAGAGCUGCUAAACUGAGGAGAUACUACUCCACGCACGCAGUAACCCGCCGGAGACUUGCUCCAGGUGUCACUGGUCUGCGCAAUUUGGGGAACACAUGCUACAUGAACUCAAUAUUGCAAGUGCUGAGUCACCUGCAGAAAUUCAGGGAGUGUUUUCUCACUUUGGACCUGUGUGAGACUGAGGAGCUGCUGGCCAAGACCAAUCACUCCCAGGGGAUGAAGGGGGUGACAGCAGGUGUAGUCAGCAGUGGUAACACAGCGCUGUCAGGUUGCCCUCUUGGACGUAUGGGGAAGGCAGGCAGUUGGAAUUUGCCCAUGGGCAAAAAAGAAAGUGCCCCGGCUUCCCCGCAGGCUGCGGAGUUGGUCCAGCCCAAGGAGCCCCGCUGCUCCACUCGCCAGCAGAUGUCUCUGUGCCAUGAGUUGCAUACACUUUUCAGGGUCAUGUGGUCGGGCAGGUGGUCUUUAGUGUCUCCCUUCGCCAUGCUGCACUCGGUGUGGAACCUCAUCCCAGCUUUCCGUGGGUACGACCAGCAGGAUGCCCAGGAGUUCUUGUGUGAGCUGCUGGACAAGGUGCAGCAGGAGCUGGACACAGAGGGGUCCAAACGCAGGAUAGUUAUCCCCAUCACCAAGAGGAAGCUAUCCAAGCAAGUGCUAAAGGUUCUCAACACCAUCUUUCAUGGGCAGCUACUCAGCCAGGUGACAUGUCUGUCCUGUAAGCACAAGUCUAACACAGUUGAGCCAUUCUGGGAUUUGUCUUUGGAGUUUCCAGAGCGAUACCACAGCAUAGGCAAAAGUUCAGGCUCCACAGCUUACCAGCGCAGCUGCACCCUCACCGAGAUGCUGUCCAAGUUUACGGAGAUGGAGGCUCUUGAAGGCAGCAUCUAUGCCUGCAACCACUGCAACAAAAGAAGACGAAAAUCAUCCCACAAACCCUUAGUUCUGUCAGAGGCACGUAAGCAGCUUCUGAUCUACCGUUUACCUCAGGUUCUACGGCUGCACCUCAAACGUUUCAGAUGGUCGGGGCGGAACCAUAGGGAGAAAAUCGGCGUCCAUGUGGCCUUUGACCAAGUUCUGAACAUCAAACCGUACUGCUGCACAGGCUCAGGUCACUCUGUCCACAGAGGAGGCUACACCUACGAUCUGUCUGCUGUAGUCAUGCAUCAUGGUAAAGGCUUUGGCUCAGGGCACUACACCGCAUACUGCUACAAUACAGAAGGAGGUUUCUGGGUCCACUGUAAUGACUCUGAGAUGAAGGUUUGCAGUGUGGAGGAAGUGUGCAACACUCAGGCCUAUAUUCUCUUCUAUACCCAGAGGUCUGCUUAGGUACCUCUCGCUGUGAUGUCGACCUGUACGCGGCAACUAAAGGCUGCAUUUAUGAAAAUGUUCUCUGAUGUUUUCCCAGAUGUCAAUCACUUUAAAAUGAUUUACUAAAAAAAGAUAGCAACAAGGGCAGUAGGACGGCCACAAUCAUGAGUCAAGGUGAAGAUUUGGCAGCAUAAUCCAGAGAGAAAGAUGUUAAUAAUGGUAUAUCUACUGUAAUGUUGCCAAGAAAAAUAAUGACUGAAUUGAAUUAAAAUUCUCUAAUGGACAUCUUUGGAUUAUUUAUAUUUGAUUUCAUAAUAAUAAUAAUAAAAGGAAAUCAAAAACCUUUUCAUAAAUGAGGCCACGGGUUUCUCGGCCUAUGGGACCAGCAUAUUGGUUAAUGGCCUGAAGACUGUGGGAGCGGGUCUGAUUCUGUCCUGCUGAACACCAACUUGUGUGUCCAUGUUUUUAAAAAACAAUCAGGCUCAUGUCUGUUGAGUCUGGAACCAACCAGGCGCUCUCCGGAGACGGCAUUUUACAUUCAAAGACAACGCCGAUUCUGGAUUUCGGAGCAUUUUGUCACAAUGAUGUUGUUCAUGUGCGUUUUAUAUAAAACUACAUUUGAUGCCAAUACACUAGAUAUUAUAAGAGGUACAUCUUUCAACAUCAUUGUGUAGUUCCACUUGAAUGAUCUGGAUCUAGUUACAGAACCAGCUGAAGUCCAGACUCUGUGUUGCCUCCCUUUCAGCUUUUUUAAUUCUUAUGAAAUGUCACUCAUGGACACUUUUAAUACUUUUAAUCCCUGUGUCAUUUGUACUUCAUCAUGUCCUCUCCUCAAGUGUACUGCUAUGACUGGAUACUGUGUCCUGUGCUCUCAGUAAGCAGGAAUAGUUUUUUGUUUUAGUUUAUUUUGUGGUCACUCUAUGUUUCACGUCCAUGAAAAGAAGCUUAAAGUAUGAGUUUCAGACACUUGGAUUGAUGAUGAGUGACAGAAAGCUGCACUUUUGAGGAGGGGCUAAUAUUGUUGGUCCUAUCUUUGUGAUUGUUCAUCUUUUAGCUCCUGUAUCUUCUUUAAAUGGCAGCUCCCCCUGUGGUGUAACGGUUAGACUAGUCCAAGCCCGGGUCGCGGACACUGCACCUGUGUUUUAACUGCAGGAGAUAAACAAAGUGAGCAAAAGGGGCAGACUGCGAUACUGAAGAAUGUGUUUGUGGGAGACUUGGGGUACCCAUUUUGAGUUGAGCACCUGAAAGCAAUAUAUUGUACAUCUUGCAUCUUGACAGGAAAUUAAGAUAAAAUCAGGAAUUCUUCUGCUUGUUAUACAAUGUUUUUUUCUACUCUGCUGUUUCUAUCAAGGUCUUUAGAAUUUGCUAGAUACUGUUGUGUUUGAUACGAGUCAAAUGCAAAAUAAAAUUGUGAACUCUAUGUAAAAGUUGGAACAAUCUAAUGACGAUGAAUGUCUUACUUUUUAGUGGUCAGGUGUGGCCAUGCCACUGGCUCUGAUCCCCUUGAGUUCUGUCUUGUACUGUAAGAAUACCUGUCAUAAAUGUAAUGGUCAUAUGGGUUUUGCCUGACAGUAAUUAUUAAAAAGACAAAGCAA